AUGUAUAUAUGGGCGAAGUCGGUAGGGUUUUCUUCAUGCCGGAAAAGGAAAGUUUCCCAUGAGCCGCCUUCUUCUCCACGUCGUGUAUGGGCCGACAUUGUACCAAGGAAAGCUCCAAACAUUAGCCAGGCCUCUUCUCUUUCGAUCAAGGCCUUUGGCGCUGCUGCUCGGGCCAUUAGACACUCCAAAUCCUCCAUGGGCUUCGUUUACUCGCUUACCGGACAUGUCUCGGUAGAAAAUAAGUUCCGGCCCAUAGUUGAUCCAAAUGGCUUCAUUCCACUUCGACGUGAUGCAUGA